UAGCCGGGGGUCGGAGAGCCGUGUCGCUGCAGCCGUAGCCCUCUCCCCGCCCCGCCACUCGCGCAGCCCGAGCUGCCACGGCUGGGGGCCCAGAGCCCCCCCGCGCUGCGUGGGCCCGGGCCCCGGCCCCGCCGCGCAGCCCCUCCCCGGGGGCGGCCCCGCAGAGCCGCGCAGGUCCCGCCCGGCGCGGCGGGGCGGGGCGGGGCGGCCGCCGCGCUCGGCGCUGCUCCGCGUUCUCUCGGGACGAGGGCGGCUCCCGGCCGGGCCCGCAGGCCGGUGGGCCGCGGCGCUGGUUCACGGCCCGCAGGCACACGCCGCUCCCGCAGGACCCGGACGGCCCGGAACCGGCUAUGACCGGGGAGAACUAGGGCCCAGCGGCCCGCGGCAGCACCGAGAGGCCCCCGCGGCGGCGGCGCCCGGCUCGCUCCCGCCCCGCCGCGCCGGCGGGGGCCGCGGGGCCGCGCUCGUCUCCUCGCCGCGAAGGUUUGCGGGGUGGGCCGCGGCGGCGGGCGCGGGCCGGAAGCGGAACUGCGGCGUCUCGGUGGCGGCUGGGCCGCUCGGCCCUUCCGCUUCCUGCCGGGAGCCGGCGGCGGGCGCGCCUGUGCGGGCGGCGGGUGACGGGGCGUUCCUCCGCAGCGCUGAGCGGCGGCGCGGCCCGGCGCGGCCCAUGGACCGGCACAAAGUGAAGCGGCAGCGGCUGGACCGGAUCUGCGAAGGCAUACGGCCUCCUAUUGUGAAUGGCCCAAUGCCAGCACGGCCACUGGUUGCACUCCUGGAUGGACGAGAUUGCACUGUGGAGAUGCCUAUCUUGAAGGAUGUUGCUACGGUGGCAUUUUGUGAUGCUCAGUCAACUCAGGAAAUCCAUGAAAAGGUGCUGAAUGAGGCAGUAGGAGCUCUGAUGUAUCACACCAUUACCCUUUCUCGUCAGGAUCUGGAGAAAUUCAAAGCCCUCAGGGUCAUUGUGCGUAUUGGCAGUGGCUAUGACAAUGUUGACAUCAAAUCUGCUGCAGAAUUAGGCAUUGCAGUUUGCAACAUCCCUUCCUCCUCAGUAGAGGAGACUGCUGACUCCACCCUCUGCCACAUCUUGAACCUCUAUCGCCGUGUUACUUGGCUACAUCAGGCUAUGCGGGAAGGGAAUCGAGCGUCAAGUGUAGAACAGAUUCGAGAGGUGGCUGGAGGCGCUGUGCGUAUCCGUGGGGAGACUUUGGGCAUCAUUGGACUGGGCCGAGUUGGACAGGCAGUGGCUCUGCGAGCCAAGUCCUUUGGCUUCAACGUGAUUUUCUAUGAUCCCUAUCUGCCGGAUGGAGUGGAGCGAUCCUUGGGUUUACAACGAGUAGGAACCCUGCAGGAUCUACUAAUGCACAGCGAUUGCAUCACAUUGCACUGCAGCCUGAAUGAACAUAACCAUCACCUCAUCAAUGACUUCACUAUUAAACAGAUGCGCCAGGGCUGCUUCUUAGUGAACACAGCCCGGGGAGGGCUGGUAGAUGAGAAGGCCUUAGCACAAGCCUUGAAAGAGGGGAGAAUCAGAGGAACAGCGUUGGACGUACAUGAGUCUGAGCCUUUCAGCUUUGCUCAGGGGCCCUUAAAAGAUGCACCCAAUGUGAUCUGUACCCCUCACACCGCCUGGUAUAGUGAGCAGGCUUCCAUUGAAUCCAGAGAAGAUGCAGCUAAAGAGAUCCGCAGAGCUAUUACAGGUCACAUACCUGAUGCUUUGAGGAACUGUGUUAAUAAGGAGUACCUGCUGUUAGCAGCUCAGUGGUCCAGUAUUGAUCCUGCAACUGUCCACCCAGAACUCAAUGGAGCUGCAGCUUACAGGUUUCCUCCAGGAGUAGUGGGAGUAACCACGCCUGGGCUACCAGAACCGCCAGUAGUGGAAGGGAUCGUAGCUCAUGGGAUCCCUCCUGUUUCUCACUCUGCACCGCGUACCCCUUCCCCAGGAGACACGAGCAAACUGGAUGCAGACAGAGAGAUUCCUGCUGACCAAUAGCAGCAUCUUUCUCUCCUCUGGCAGCAGAAAAAAGUAGGGGGGUAUCUCCUCCUAGGACCUUCUUUAACACCCUACAGAGACUGUUUCCUGUUCAUACAGGACGGGAGAAUGCAUUUCAUUACCGGCAAACUUCAGCUCUUGCCUUUAUUUUGUAACCCUUUUGUUUUAAUCUCUCAGUGAAUCUUUCUCCUUCUCUGAGGCAGGGCAGCAGUGACCUUGCCUCCCCCUCAGAAAUACUUGGUUUAACAAAUGAGUUUUUCAGUAUAUCUGCCUCGGUUGUCUGUGAAAGGGAACUGUCCUUGUGCACUUGAGAAUAGAAGUGGAGCUGCCUGAUCAGGGAUGGCCCUCAGUGUUCCUAACACUGGACUUCAGUGCACACUUUUCAGUUGUGACUUGCAGCUUAAAUUUAAUUUGGCUGAAUGUCUCUAAGUAGCCAUGGGGAAUAUUAGAAAAAUAUUAGUGAAUUGGAGAAGUUGUGACUAAUGUCUUUAUUAUGCCCUUGGUGGAAUGCAGCCUAGGCUGAGCUCUGUAUAUUACUUCUCUUGUUUUAAUUCAGGUUUCCUGUGAGAACAGACACAGCACAGGCAUUGCUAGUUCUUGACCAUACAGAGUUUUGUCUGUGCGGUACUAGACCUGUACUAGACCUGAAGUUGAAAGUAACAGUCUCAAAGCCAGCCCUGUAAAUAAUUUGGAAGGGAUUAAAAUGUCGUCAGAUGUGUUCUGGUGGCCACCGUGUUUGUGAGGCUUCAGAAUAGUUCACCCUGGAGUCCCUUCGUAACUCGGAGAAGGCAAGAGAAUGCAGAAAUAGGAAAAACUUGCACUGGGAGACAGCAGGUAGCAAUAACUUGCAGCUGCAGUUGCUGGUUCCUCACACACAUGUACCUCACAGUCUAGUGGUGGUGUUUAUCCACAAGGAUAUGGUAGAAUUCUAAGGUUUGUGCUACCUUAUUUUUUUGGGUUUUUUUUGGCAUAACUGCAUCAACUAGAAGUAACAUAUCACUUGUCUCUGUGCUGAUGGAGAAGGCAGCUUUUAACUGUUGACCAAAUUUAUCUACUUUUGCUCUGUUAGCAUGCUGCAUCCCCAGUAGUGGGCAGGGCAAGACAGUGUUUUUUUACAUGAGUAAGUUUUGUAAUACUAGAGGAGAAAGAACACUCUUAGCUUGUCACCUGAAGCCAAGGAUGGAUUGUUGCUCAUGUCUAUUCCCAUUUCCCAAAUGGUUUAAUAUGAAUCGCUUCUUUGAGGGGUAUGGAGUCUUCAGGAAAACAGGUUGCACAGGAGAUUUUUCCUUAAUUCAAAAUCUUCCUUUAGUUUCAUCUUGUUACACUUUAGUUAUAGCCUCUCCAUGUACAAGAUGUAACAAUUCCUGAUUGAUUUGUUCAUGCUGUGUGAGUAUACUAAAGUAGGUGCUAUAUGAGAAGCCUACCCUAUGUGUGGGUUUGCCUGCUUCCCAUGAUUCUUCCCUCUGUUGUGUGUCCGUGACUAGAAGCUGAACAGCUGGGAACAGACUGGAAAUACACCUUGAGGUGUGGACAAAAUUGGCUGUUUAGGCAUUUUACAGUUUGGGAAGCUGAGGAAAGCUUUCAGAAUCACUUAAGUUUUCAGAUUUUUUCCUGGUUUUAAAUUUUUCUCCAAUAUUGCCUUCAUAUAAUGGCUUACUACUGAUACAGUGAAGUGAUUAAUUCCUUUCUCUGCUGCGUGCCCCCCCCCCUUCCCCCAGCAAUUCAAGAAGGGAAAAUAGGCAAGAAGUAAACUUCAGGUGUUUUCUUACAGAUUUUACACUUUAACUGUUUAGCAUUAGUGAGAAGAUACUAGUUCUCUAGUGCUGAGUGUCUUUUUUGAUAAGGUAUUUGUCUCGGUGAAGGUUCUUGGCUUCUGUGUUUUCAUGGAUGAUGCUGAUUCUACUUAAAAUUCAUAUACCUCCUUUGCUGCUCAGGUUUAGCAGAUCAGACUGGGACUGGUCAUAGGCACAAGUUAUAGGAGAACUUUUUCUGAACAAAAGCCUAGAGCUCAGAAACACAUUGAUUGCAGCUGUACCUAAAAUAACCAGCAGCACUUUGCUAAGUUCUCUAAUCUCUAGGAAAUAUGAAUUUUACAAGAUACUAGCUCAGAAAGCUGUUCUUCUGACAGGCAGAUGGGGGAAAAGUUUUUUUUCAGCAACUGAGAGCUCAUCUUCUGUCUAUUGCCACAUUAGGGAAGCAGUCUGUCAAUAACUACUCUUUCCUUAUUUGCUGCUGAGAAUUCCUGCCCUGCUUAGAGGUUCGGGUCUGAGAUUAUUCUGUGGUAAGGGGCUCCUAGUUAUGAGUCCUGUGAAUACAGAGGAUCAGAGUACAUUGACCUUGUCUCUUCUAGAGCACAAUGCAAGAUAGAUUUAUUUUUUUAAGAGGCAGCAAUUUUUUUUUUUUCUUCUUAACUGUAAGCAUCUCUAUAGACCAGUCAAAUAACUGAGCAGAGGAGGAGUGGAAAGCUCUCAUUUGAGGGACACUGGAGUUUCUCAAUUCUUAUUUCUAGUGCCUAGAAAUACUGGUGACUAGUAAGGGUAGGAAUUAAAUAAUUGAUGUCAUAAGAAGUAUUUCCAGUAUAUUAAGGAAUCUAAGCUGACAGCAUUGAUAGUGGCUGUGUUCUAUCCAACACUAUGUAGGCUUGUGAUUGGAUAUGAAGGCAAUUUUCCCCUUGAUUAAAGCCACAGCAGAAAAUGUUGAGGUAAAAAUGAACAGAACCCUUAUCAUGACCUCAAAGAAGGGCUGUCUUUGUGCUUAUAGGAUUACUCUGCUUGUAUGCCAUUUGUACCUCUGCUUAUAGACUGAACCUAUUAUCACCAGACAAAGGCUGUUCUGAACAGGUAGCUCAAAGAAAAAUUUACCAGUACAGAAGUACCCUGUGGUCUUCUCCAUCCCCUGAGUGCCAAGUCCUUUGUUAGCACUCUCCGUGAUACACUGACUUGCAGCUCCCCCUCCCAAGCUUAGUGCAGUAUACAGAAGUGGAAGGAUUUUUUUUUUUUUAAUAAUGCCUGCCUUCAGAACUAGUGCAGAGCUUUAAUCCCAAAGAACAGAAGUCUCCCAGGGUGAGGCAGGAGUGCCCUAGCUGCACUAAUCUGCUUACAGGAGGUGCUCACACUGUCCCAAGGUACAUUCUGUUUGUCAGGGUCACUGCUGCUGACCAGCUUUUUUAUAGAGGACUCAGAGUUUCAGAAAUAUAUUUUUGUAGACAAUGACUAAACUGUGAAACAUUGAAAUAAAGCAUGUAAACAAAAACUUACAGCACUGUCCUCUGUACAGAUGUUUCUCUCACUUCAGUUCUCUCCUGAGUCGAGAAAAUGUUUGAUUACUUCUUGGAUAUAUUUUAAUAAAGUUCUCCAAAGAA